ACAAGUGGUGCGUUUUGUAAACAUUGAAUCUUGAAAUAAAUCGUGUAUAUUGCUGAUUUACAAAGCAAAGGGUCGUGUAUUAACAAUAUUUAUUUCAAUAUUGAAUUUUAGCAAUUAAUAUAUAUGCAUCAUAAUCAUUUAAAUGCGAACACGAAUUACCAACUGUUGAUCGGGACUAUAAAUACACAUAUUAUUUUUUCCGGCAUUUGAUGCUUCUCAUCGCACGGGAAAGUCCACAAUUAUUUUUCUAAAUCUAGCCAAUGGCUGUUGCUGUAUCUCGACCCCAUCAUAAGGCAACCAAUCAGAAUGCAUGUGUGAUACAUUAUAAUUUCAAGAUGGCGUGGAUAUCGCCCGAAAUUAAAUCUUCGACCCUUCGGCCGAAGCAAUAACAGUAGUGUAGUAAAUAUGCCAUAAUGAGAUGGGGGGUAUCCUUAGCCAGGAAAAGUUUAUGGAAGGAGAUUCAACGACAUUCAGUCUAGUCCUGGACGCAGAUGGAGUCGAAAUAGAUAAUGAUUUUUUCAACAGUUUAGAAGGAAAUGUCAUCCUCAUGCUACUUAAAACAGGGGAGACCUGGGAACCACAAGACAAUAAAUUCAAUAGACAUGAAAGAGUAACUUUAAAAUCAGAAGAGGAAAAGAUGAUUGCGAUGAUUGAUAAAUUACGUGAAAAAGUUAAAAAAAGGAAACUAGAACCUGCAAGACUUGAUAGGGAGGUGAACAGCACUAGUAGCACUCAAAGCAGUAACUUAAAAUUUCAUUGUGGGUGGAAGCAUUACUCAUUUGCUUCCAACGUGUAUAAGCAAGUAAAAUCCAAUUCAAAAAAACUCAAACUAACUGAUUGUGGGAGCCAAAUUAUAUUUGUUAAAUAUAAUGCAACAUAUGAGGAGGUAAUAGAGAAGCUUACAGAUAAAUAUUACCCCUGUGGCAGAAGCAAGAAAGGGUCUUUACAUAAAAUGACACUGAGCUUGAGAUCUUUCACUGAAACAAUAAACAGAGAAAAUUUUUCAGCGUUACAAUUCUACAACGAACGUAAAACUUCAGAAGCAAGGAUUUACCUGUUGUCUAAGGAAAAGAUACAUGACAUGCUUGCCAUAACCGAUUCCGAUUCUGAUGAAUUGGAAAGUUUAGGAUUUCCCGGAAACAUGUCCCCACCAGAGCCUGAAAUAAUACUAGGAGUUGGAAAGCCUAUGACAUCUCCAGCCAUGAAUGUUCCUUUUAGAUCAUCAACACUAGGAACACCGAACAUUGCAACUCCUCAGGCAAUUGUUUCUAGUAGAACACCUACACUAGGAACACCCACACUAGGAACAUCAAUAGGAGCUUUUGGUGGAACACCAAUAGGUGCUACUGAUACAAACAAACCUAUUGUAUUUCAUGCUGAUACACCUACAGUUACAUUCUCAUAUGACAGACGCUGUCAGAUCUGUGUGGACCGGGAAAGGGAUGCCUACCUGUCACCUUGUGGUCACACAUUUUGUCUUGUCUGUGCAUUGCAAGUUGAAAAUAUGGGGCAAAACUGUCCAUCCUGUAGGGGGGAAAUUGACAAAGUGUGUUCCAUGUUUCUAUAAGUUGUUAUUCAUGUUGAUAGAUUGUACUUUUUUGUAAUAGGAGUGUAAAUGUAAAAUGAUAUUAUGUUUGCAAGUAUUAGACAAAUAUAUAUGCUGGUUCAAAGAAUGAGGUAGAAAGAUGUAAGCAAAUGUUUUUUUUUCUUUUCAAAGUGUGAAAAAGCAUUAAAUAAUGUUAUUUAAUGAACUGAAGUAUAUUAAGGUAAAAAAUUACUUAUUUUUACUUCAUCUACAAUUUAGGUAUGUGAAAUGUUAAAAAAACUUCCUUUUCACGAAAUUCAGUAUUAAUGACUAUUCGGGGACUAUUCUUUUAAUCACAAAAUUUAUGUUAAUAGAAAAUUGUCGGAAAUUGUAGUCAGUGUGUAGUGUCCAUAACCAUCCGAAUUCUUGUAAAAAAGUGUAUUUUAAAGAUUUGUCUUUUCAGAAAU